AUGAGGAUUGGAGGGGAUAACGGAAGAAAAGGAAAGGUUGAAGACGGUAAAUUUCAAAAAAAAAAACCAGCAUGCAAUGACUUGAAAUUGAAACCUGUAGUUGAUCCCUUCAAUGGAUCACAGUGGCAUGCAGCACAGGUUUACAGAGCCAUCAAUCAGGCUCUAGGUCGAUGUAUUCGCCACCAAAAAUUACCAUUGAUUUUUCACGAUUGGGGGAACUAUUCUGGUACUAUUAUUCUACUACAAGAACGUUUUCGAGAAGAAGAGCAUCAAGCUGGACUUUCAAAAUGGGUUGCUAAAUCUUGUAAAGUAGAAACAUACGGAUUCAAGGCAGCAAUGAACAGUCUCAGCGAAUUCAUGAUUAACCGAAUUGAGAUUGACAAUGCUCUUUCUUCAAAAGAAACAAAAGAACAAGAAUUGGCAUCAUCAUCAACGGUUGAUACUGUAGUUACAAAAGAACUUCCAUUACCGCCACCAACAACCAAAAUAACAAAGGAUGAAACAGAAAAGCAUCCUGUAGACCAUCGAGAACCAAAAUCUGGCGAGUAUAAACACGAUCCUAUUUUGAUUCAAGAAGCCCAAUCUAUUUUAGACUCUGGAUUUGAUCAAAGCAAUCCAAUAGUUGUAGAUAGCAGUAUUACUACUACAGAAAACACUUUGGAUGAAGGCAUAUCUGUCAAAAAUCUUAGCAAUCUUAAUAGUUUGGCCCUGACAGAUAAACCACUUGCCAAGAUCACAAUCCCGACCAAAAGGCUGCGAAAUAACGUGCAAAAAAAUACAUCCAACCCACAAGAUACAUACUUAAUUGAAACAAAAACGGCUGAAACCAUACCUACCCUUGCCGCCAAAACCACUGUCACUACUACUAUAACUAAAACUAAUGAACUGACCACAGACAUCAGGAUACAAGAACAAGAACAAAAUUUGCCUAAUUGCGCAGAUCAAUCUAAGCCUGAGCCCAGUCCUACUUCUACCUCAGAACAUAAACUCCAACCAGCUGUACUCGAUUGUACGCCACUGGUCAGAGCUCCACAACAAAAGACCGGCAUUGUUGCGUGUAGAUGGCAUGGAGAACACAUGUUUUCUGACAUGAAAAAGGAAUUUCUGGUUCAAAAGACAUCAACUGAUCUCGACUAUUUUCUUGAAUUAGAAUUAGACUUGUCGGUUAAGAACAGGGCUCGGAAAAAGAGCUGCAAAGUACUACAAGUCUGCUAUCCAACUUCUUGGACAAUGGAACAAAUUCAGAUUGCGGUCUUUAACCCAUCGGCUCCUGUCAUUAUGGAGGAAAAUGAAGCCGACAGACUUGUGUACAGAGUUUUUGGAGCCAGGUGCUGUAAAAACUCAAUUGGGGCAUUGAUAUACGAUACAACCUCUACUUUAUCAAGUAACCGUAGACUUGUUGGAAACUUAUUUAUCUUACACGACACUGUACAAAUAUUAGAUCCUGAACAAUUACUAUAA